AUGGCGACUGAGAGUGGGGAAAGCCAGUGUUUCCCUCCUGAACAGAGGUACAUGGAUAUACUAGAGCAGACGGCAAGUUUUAAUACCCGUCUUUCGAUUGAAAGGAAAAUGCGACUGCCGUUCUUGGAUUCUCAAACAGGUGUAGCUCAGAAACACACCAACCUGUUUCAUCCUUACAGGUAUCGGCAGCCAGGCACAGUCGAGGGCCAGCUCUACAGUUACCCAGCCAAACGAUGGAAGAAGAAGAAAAGAUCAUUGAUUUUCUCCGAGCGAAGAGUGGGCCUGCAUCGGGAUAUAGAGACUGGUGAAGCAGACAUGCAUCAGAUCAGUGCUGUAGAGAAUCCAGCCCAUCGUUUGGAGGAGCAUGAAUUUGAUCAUCUGGAAGCAGCUGAUAACUGGUAUGAUGAUGUGGAUGAUUUUGGCGAUCCUCCCGAUGAUGGGGCUAUGGUGGAUGAUCAGUCGGACAUCAGUGACUUUGAAGAUUCUCUCAAAGGGAGAAAAAGGAAAAAGAACACCAGCAAGGGCAGGAGGAAGAAAAAUGAUGACCACAACAAGGAGCUCUUGAGCCCUGAAGAUAAGGAAAAGCCAUACGCCUGUGAAGUUGGAAGAAGGAAAGAGUACGUGCCGAAGACAACCAAGCGAACCAGAAGUGAGGUCACAGCCAGCAAUGGCAAAGUCAGCAAAGCAUCAGCUGCUACACCUGUGGCGGCACCACCACCGACACCGACACCCUCAGAGAGCAAAGUUUCUGCCAACAACUACUGUGACUUCUGUCUGGGGGAUGCUGCGGAAAACAAGAAGACAAAGGUAGCAGAAGAACUGGUGUCCUGCAGCGACUGUGGCCGGUCAGGUCACCCUUCGUGCCUGCAGUUCACAGACAACAUGAUCAUCUCAGUGAAGAAGUACCCCUGGCAGUGCAUCGAGUGCAAGUCUUGUGGCUUGUGUGGGACCUCUGACAAUGAUGAGCAGUUGUUGUUUUGUGAUGACUGCGAUCGAGGAUACCACAUGUACUGUCUGAACCCACCCCUUAGCGAGCCACCUGAAGGAAGCUGGAGCUGCCAUCUUUGUAUUGAAGAGUUCCAUGGGGGCAAGAAACCGGCUGGCAUGAACUGA